UAGACAGAAGCCUUGCACAGCAAGAUUUAAUGCAUUCAGGUGGCAUUCUUACAAGGGUGUAGCAGACUUAUAAGUUGAUUUCGUUGGCACCAGCACUCCAUUUCCUUCUUUCUGAGGAGUGAGCUGUGUGAACAGCUAAAGCUUACCUGGACUGUGAGGCUAUUGGCAUGCCUAACUGCUGCAAACAGUUUUAUUUGUAUAUUCCGAAGUGUAAGAUCAAAGCAGACCACGUGAUGUAUUUCAGAGUCCUGUCCUAAAAGCAUCGCUAACAGGAGAUUUUCUGGCAGCAGGGAGCAAGCCUGCAUGCAUGAUUGGCUAUAAACUGUGGACUUUGAAUCGUGAAGACAUUGAGAGUGGGGGGUGGAAAUAGGAGCAAUCAUUAGGUCUAUAACCGAUAGGACAAACGCCUGCCCAUGGAGUCAGCAGGAGCGUUACUGACACAACUGGUGCUGUGGAACAUGCCUGUGAGUGACUUCCAGGGAACAGCUUCAGUCAGCUCCUGGCCAUGCUAUAAAUACAACUAGAAGUUGCAUCCGCAAACUGAAGAAACACCGGUGAAGUCGUGAUCCACCCCAGUUGCACAGACAAAUAUGAAGUUACUCUGGAUUAUCUCAUUUUUUCUGCUGCAAGACACUGAAACUUUCCUGCUGCAAAAUGCUAAAGUCAAGCAGUGUUUACAGGCCAGCCUAACGGAUGGGGAUUUAUUGCUGUCAGACUGUAAUUCAGCAUCAGAUUUCCAGAACUGGUUUUGGCAAGGAGAUUCUUUGAGGAAUCAUGGCACACAGAGCUGCCUCUCCGUGGUGGAAGCCGACAGAGUGCAGAUAAGUCCUUGUGACAGCGUGGGCUUCACGAGCUGGAACUGCUCCAAUUCGUUGCUCUUUCCUCUGGGCAGCAGCCAGGGCUACCUGGUGGCAAGCAAAAAAGGAGUCGCGCUCGAGAAUGUGAGAGGUCUCAAGGCUCAGUGGCAAAGUGCUGCAGAGAGGAGUGUGUGCAAGGAGAAACCAGCAGCACAAUAUAGCUACUUAUCCGCAGCCCUUACCAGCACAGACGUGUAUGACCACACAGCAUACAGUGCUGGCCUUCUGCUGGAUAUGGAGCCAGAAAAGCUGGAGGAGCUGCUGUGGUUCUUCCGCAGAGAAGACCCAUCACCGUGGAAUUACUCCAUCCUUGCGCUUUCCUUCGUGGUCACAAUUUUGGGUUUUGUCCUUCUGUCCAUUAACAUUUCACGAAACAGGAAAAGGAAGAUCCACAUGUAUAAAGAAGCGGCGCAAGCUGCCCAGAAUUCUGAGCUGGAAACCAAGCAAGCCCUCAUAACUGUGCCAGAAUACAGCCCAGAAAGCCCGCAGAAGCCAGAGCCACCGCCACAGGAUGAGAGAUCGGGAGAGGUGCUGGUGCAGUGGAAGGAUGGGACUGUCACCUCUCUGUACAGGGAGACAGCAGAGGAUGCCAUGUAACAGCUGAUGUGAGGCCAUAAGGAACCUACCAGAACGUCUCAAUGCACAGAAACUGGAGAUUGAAAAGUUGAAAAAUUGUAGCCUGGAAAAAAAAAAAAAAGAAAAAAAAAAAGAAAAAAGAAAAAAGAAAAAGAAAAAGAAAAAGAAAAAGAAAAAGAAAAAGAAAAAGAAAAAGAAAAAGAAAAAGAAAAGACAAAAGA